GUAACGUAGCGAGAGGAGAAAAAUAGUAAUGGACGAACUUUGGUCGCAAUUGCAGUGUAUUUUUCUUUUGCAAGAAAAAAUUUUUUUUUUUAAAUUCUAAAUUUUUCGUGUUUUUUUUCGAUUUAUUUUUAUUUUAAUUUCACAAAAAUGGGGAAGGGUUUUAAUAAUUAUAUGUGUAAAAAAUUCUUUCAUCCUGCAUCGAGGGAUAAUUUAAAGAGAGUAUGGAUGGCAGAACAACAAGCCGAUGCUUAUAAAAAGAAACAGGAGGAACUUCGUGUUCAAUAUGAAAAAGAACAGGAUCUUCAUAACAAUAAAGCUUUGUUGAGUAAGGAGAGUAAGGAUAAGCUUAGUGUAAAUUUUAUGUAUGAAGCUCCACCGGGAGCAAAAAAAGAACGUGAAAAAGAGGAUAACGAACCAGAAUAUAAAUUUGAAUGGCAACGUAAAUAUAAUGCGCCUAGAGAAAGUUAUUGUAAAGGCGAUAGUGAAAUUCGUGAUCAACCUUUUGGUAUUCAAGUGAGAAAUGUUCGUUGUAUAAAAUGUCACAAAUGGGGCCACAUCAAUACUGAUAAGGAAUGUCCUCUUUAUUGUCAGUCGAUGAGCGUUGUCAUUAAUAGCGAAAAUAAAAAUCAAGAAUCUCUUGACGCAUUAACAUUAGUUCAACAAAUGCGAGAAGACGGUUUGGCACUUAAAAAAUCUGCACUUGAUGCUCAACAACAUUUACGAGUACCAACCAACGAACAUUUAAUGGUUUCCGAGGACGAAGAAGAGCAGGAGGUUUCCUUCUUGAAAUCUCUUUCAAAAAAAGAGAAGAAAAAACUUUUGAAGAAACUUCAGAAAUUGGAGAAGAAGAGUAGAAAAUCGAAGAAAAAAUUGCGAAAGUCAAGUAAAAGUUCAAGUGACUCGAGUGAAUCGAGUUCGGAUGAGAGACGAAAGAAAAAAUUGAAAUCGCGAAAAUCAGAUUCUGAAUCGGAUUCGUCGAGUCGACGGGACAAAAGACGUGAAAAAGAAGCGGCGCGUAUUAAAGAGGAAAAGGAAAAUCAUAAAUCAAAGGAUAAAAAUCGACGCAAAAGACGUGCCGACGAUUCUGAUGAUGAGGGACGACGCGAUCGUAAGGAGAAACGACGAAAACACGAUUAGGCAAUUAUUUAUUUAUUUUUUUUAAUUUUUAAUUUAAUUAUUCUAAUUUUAGUUGAAAACAAAUUUUUUUCCGUACUAAUUAUUUUUAUAAUUGCCAAUUUAAUUCUCGAUUUUGAAAUUCAUUUU